AUGAGUGGAAGAAACAAACGUAAGAACUCCCUUAUGACUGGAAAAGAUAUUGAGCAAUCCAAGCCAGGAGGUGGUGGCAACUGGUGGGAAACAGCAAACAUGCAAACAACUCCAAACGACUUUUCUACAUCAAGAUUAAAUUUCGAUAAUGGUAAUUCCAACGAGCCUAAAAAGAAAAAGAGGAGUAAUGAUCCUAAAACAUCAAGACAACCAGAGAGAUUCGCCGACUCGGAUUCUGGAGAAAAAGAAAACUCCAAGUCAGAAGAAGAAAAGGAAAACAAGCCAGUACUUAUCAACCUCGAUGCCAAGUCUCCACCAAUUUGGACAUUUGGUGUUCUUAUUGUUUAUUUAGCUGUUCUCGGUGGCGCUUUCUACCAAUACGGUCAAGUUCCUAAAAUGUCAGAAAACCCAAUGUUUGGCCCAAGCCAAGAAGUCCUUCUUUUGAUGGGUGCCAAGCAAGCUUCUGUUAUUCUCGCAGGUUCAUGGUGGAGAUUCUUUACUUCAAUGUUCCUUCACUCCGGAGCUAUCCACCUUGUCAUUAUCCUUAUUUUCGCUAUCUUUACAUCUAGAGUCGAAAGAGACACAGGUUUCUGGAGAGCAUUUUUCGUAUUUUUAGUUUCUGGUAUGUACGGAACAAUUCUCUCCUGCCUUCUCGUUCCAGAGUUGAUCUCUUGCGGUGCUUCCGGUGCUAUCUUCGGCUACAUUGGUCUUCUAUUCGCAGAUUUAUUUGCUGGAUGGAGAUCCAAUCCAAAGAAGGGAAGAGACCUUGGUAUCUUAGUUGGUCUCACUGUUGUUGGUAUCAUUCUUGGCUUAACACCAUUUAUUGAUAACUUUAACAACAUCGGAGGAUUCAUCAUGGGACUUCUCUUCGCUCUCAUGCUUUUACCAAACCUUUCGUUCGGAAGCUGCGAGAGAAUGUGCCAUGGCUUCAUUUCCUUCCUCGCUUUCCCCGCAAUGACCUUCAUCUUCUGCGUUUGCUUAGUCGGAUUCUACAGAAGUAUCGAUAACGUUAAAUGGUGUCCAUUCUGCCAGAGAAUCACCUGCCUUAACUUCGGCAGGAACUGGUGCACUCAGAACUCAGAUACAACUCCUAACCAAACCACAAUUAAUUGGAUGGAUAACUAUACCGUUUAA